AUGCCUGUGUUACAGUACGACGCUGGCGCACCGUAUACUCAAGGCCCUUCCACCUAUAACAAUCAAGGAAAUAGCGGCUAUCAACAGCAGAUGCCCCUGAAUCAGGGUUCAGUCUACAACGAUCCGGGUAGUUCAUAUAAUGCAGCUUUCAAACUUAUUUCAACUGGUGAAGCAAACGAGAGCCAAGGAGAAAUGUUCAACAACUGGAUGUUGGAUUUCGCCCGUCAAAACCGACUCAAUCCAAGUACUGCUAAUCAGGUCUCUCAAAUUAUAUCACAGAACUACAAUGUUACUCCAAGUGGGCCCCUGUACGACUCUAGCACAUCCGUUCCACAGUUCAAUUACAACGGCAAUCAGAUGCCCAACAGUGGAUAUCAGACGAAUAGCGCCAGUUACGGUAACACCUACAAUAGCCCGACGGGAUGUCAAUGUCAGCAGAAUAUCGGUUGUGUGCCAUGCAGCCAAAAUCCAACGAGCGCAUAUGGGAACCAAAAUCCUAUAUACUAUGACCAGAACGGAUUUAGUCCUCUGAACGGAGCUGUUUACAAAGGACAAGACACGAUCUUCCUGUUCAUGUCUGAGACGGUCUGGAGCUCGGGCGCUGGCGCCAUGCCAACAUCAGAUGACCGCCGUGUGGCGGAUCAAAUGGGCGAGAAAUGGACACAGUUUGCAAAGGAAGGGUGA